CAAUCGGUCAUUUUUCUAAUUGUUGAUACUUUAAUUUAUAUACACAGAGAUAUAUAGACAAUUGUGUUCACUAAUCAAGCGUAGGAAUUGAACUAACAACGUCCAGCACUCAACUCACCACUUUUAUUGUAAGCGCGGGCUGUGAACUUGUGUGCGUGUGUGUGAGUGUGUUUUACCCACAGAGCGAGAUUACAGAGAAUUGUGGAGAAAACCCGAACGUUCUGAAACUGAUCUCCGCUGGCAAUUGCUGCUCUGCAGAUCUUUCAACAGUGUCUCAAUAUAAAAUCGUCAUGCAAGUUAUUUUUUGGCAUGCGGAUGACUACGUGAGGGGAAUUCAAAACUUAAAGUCGAAAUUGCGGCGCAAAAUAUUCUUCGCUUUUGGGGAAUACAAUGUUGUCAUUCGCCUGAUUACGCUGCAAUUAGUUGUGAUUUGGAUUGCUCUUAAACGGGGCAGAGAUUUCUUUCCACAAAUCUGAAGCAAAGAAAAAGAGAGCUGAGUGAAUUGUGCGCCAAAUAGUCUUGCGUCUAGCACUUACCGCAAAUACCGUUGAAAAUGGGGCAAAUGGCACAAAUGGGAGACUUUGCUAAGAACGCGCUGUGGCAACUGCAACAUGUGCAACGCCGGAGCCAGCAACAAUUGCUUCAAUUGCGGCAUUAUCGGAGCUAGUUGGUUUGGUUAUAUCCCUUCAAAGGCGCGCCUCAAACUGAGCCCAAAACUCAAAAUGAUUCCAGGUAAGAAAACCCAACCAGGUAGCUAACAACAAUGAAUGAAGGAGAAAACUGAGCAUUGAGGUAGGUUCCGCCCUGACCUUUCAACUCGCAGCUGCCGAUGGCAAAAACCAAGAUACAAACAAGAUCACAAAUAAUAAGAAGAGAAAUCGAGAAUAUUUUUAGAUAUUAGCAAUCACAUAUGUAUAGGGCAAACAAAAGUAUGUUUCCUAGUAUCUCAGUCAAAGAAUGAUCUUCCACAUGAUGCUCCAUACUUUCGGUAAGUCCAUUGAACUUGACAUAAGUACACCGGGCUAAAUAUAGGUUCAACAGAGCUAAGGGCUGUUUAGUUCCGCUGCGACUCCAAAUCUGCCACUUCCUAUGUAGCUAUAAAUAUACAGCCGUGGCGCCCCUUCCGAUACGACCAGACACGCGACGCAUCAGCUGGCUGCUGCCGCCUAUAUGUAUAUUUAGAAACGAAGAGCCAGCCAAAAACUCCAACUUGGAUGCUGGCACUGAGAAAGGGGCCAGUGCAACGUGCAGCGUCAUGGAGUGCAGAAGCGUGUCCGUUCUACCAACCUAUGCACAAUCCUGCUCGCACAGCAGCGACUCGAAGAAGGCUUCGCUGUGCCAAGCUCUGUUUCCCUAUAAGACGCUCAACGAACCCGACCCGAUUACCAUACUCAUCACCUUGGCUGUGCUCGUUGGCUCCUUUUGCCUGCUCAGCGGGUUUAUACUGCUCUGUGUAGUAUCCAAGGCGUGGCAGGAUGAAACAUCCGAGGCCAUUCUUCUAAUGGCGUUUGGCUCAGUUACAGGAAACAAUUUCGAUAUAGGCGUUUAUAUAUUUAUUUGCAUAUUUAUAUAUUCGAUAUCCACAUAAAACCGUCAACUAAUUGGCGAUUAUUUUAUCGGCUAUCCAGCGCAUAUAGCUGGCAACA